GUCAUAACCAACAAAUGCUACUUUACGGAUGUAGAUUAAAAAUGUUCUAUUGUUUUUAAUAUUUUUUAAUUGUCAAUUGCGAUAAUGGCGGAUCGGAAGUUCAAAACUAAAAUGAAAAUAAUAUUAGUACUGUCGACUAUAAAUUGUGUUUUACCCUACCGUCGGCCAUCUUGUCACGCUUGCUUCGACGGAAUCUGCCACACCCGCUCCAAUGUCUUCACUGCACACAAGUUCUCCGGACAACUGGCGGUUGAUACAACCGCAAAUAUACUUUAUUUUCAUUACCAGACAAACCACUCUAUAGACCAUACUGGAGCAUUCGAUUUAAAUAAUAUAAAAUUUAAAGUUAUCCCGAAAAUUGCAUUUACUUUUGGUCAUGCUGUCGACCAAAAAACAAGGGAAUUUUACAUGUCUGGUACAGUUGGGAUUUAUAAUUACAACCCAAAAUCUAAAAAGAUCAAAUCACUCGGACUAACAGACAAAACAAUAUGGCAUUUACAAUUUAAAAACAAACUUUAUUACUCUCUAUUUAAAUCGAAAGGUAUUUAUAUUUACGAUAAAAACAGAUCGAUAAGUAUCCCACAACUAUCGAAUUAUCAUAUCGAUGAUUUCGUAAUCGAUAAAAAGAACGAUUUAUAUUUUAUGAGCGAAUCGAUUAUUUAUCGAUUAAAGAACGGCACUAAGAACGCCGAGUUUUUCAUAGAUGAGAUAUUUUCUCUAGCCAUAGACAAAAAAGGUGAAGUGCAUUUCAUUCAGCCAGCGAGUCGUGGGAUUUACAAAUUGGAUUAUAGCAAAGAUAGUUUAGUAGAAAUUGGUGCUUUUGGUAAUGGCACGCCUUUUCGUGUUGUAUUUGAUGCUGAUGAUAACGUAAUAUAUCAUGAUAUUGAUGAUGAAAAGAUAUACUAUCUGACCCCAAAUUAUAGUCUAUGUACGGUUUCUACGAAAGGUAGAGGAAGAAAUACAAAAAAGUUCGUAGCAAUGUCCAAUAAAAGUACAAUGCAGUAAGUAAGAGGUAGUAGUUUUUUUAUUAAUAUAAGGUGGCAAACGAGUAAGCGGCUACCUGAUCCACCUAAAUAGAA